GCUGCAAUAGCCUGUUAGCCUCUGGCAUCUCCAACUAUCUUUUGAACAAGAAAGCUGGCGCUACCGUGGUCGUCCUCCUCUUGGCUGCCUUCACAGGGCACACGAGUGCAGCUGACCACCCUACCAUCACUCUUAAGUUGCAUCCACAUACAAAUUACCUCGCGAUGAAGAUACUAGCAGAAGCUCAUUCCCUUACACUUCUGCUUCUCUUUCCGGCCCUUACAUCUGGAGUAACAUUAGACUGUGACCGCGUCGUUGCUGACGGCAAAUCAUGGACCCUAACUCCUUUGGCUGGCCCUCACUCCGUCUACCAUGUGGUUGAACAUCCCCCAACCACCAUCAAUACCACAUACACGAUUGACCUAUGCAAACCGCUGAAAGAAACGGAGUGCCCGUCGGGGACAAUGGUCUGCGGUGUGCAACGGUCUUCGGAUGACAACAAACUAUUGGGUGCUAUUCCAAUCGCGGGUAUAUUUGUCCAGAAUUCUGGCAGGAACCUCAAUCCUAAGGUUACGCGGCUUAAAGCGAGCGAUUCCCAGCAUGAAGGGUUACGGAUCGAACUCCACGGUGGGAAAUAUCCUUUUAACGGCAAGGAGUAUGAUCAACAGGCCGUCAUAGAAAUGACGUGUGAUCGCUCGCGCAGCGGCUUGGAAGGCGAUUGGUCUGGCAAGAUGGCUACCCUGGCCGACGAAGAUGGACCUGGCGAUGACAAAAAAGAUGGCAAAACAGAUGAUGACAAAAAGGCCGAAGAGAAAAGUCUUCGGUUUAAGAGCUACGGACAGGUUGAUAAUGUGUUUGUUUUGAGACUGGAUUGGGUAACGAAGCAUGCUUGUGAAGACUUCGAGGACGAUGGAAGCGGAAAAGCUGCCCACUGGGGCUUCUUCACCUGGCUGAUUGUGAUUGUCUUCCUGUGCACCUCUGCAUACCUCAUUUUUGGCUCUUGGUUGAACUACAACCGCUACGGUGCUCGUGGCUGGGAUCUCCUUCCCCAUGGCGAUACCAUUCGCGAUAUACCUUAUAUAUUGAAAGACUGGGGCCGGAAAGUGGUUACCACCGUACAAGGUCCUGGACCGCGAGGCGGCUACAGUGCGGUCUAAUUAGCCGAACGAGGGAAGGAGUUUUUUGUUUUUUUGAUUUCCUUCCUUUUUACUUUUGUUUAAACCAGAUGUAUAUUCGUUUCCCUACUAUUUCCUCUAUUUUACAUUAUUUAAAUCUUUACCUGUUUACCCCUUCGGUUUAUUUUUAUCUGCUGUCGGUUACUUGGGAACAUGAACUUCUUACUACCGC